GCCACGCGCCCACGCCCACUGGCCACCGCCCCACCCCCACCCGUGCCCGUCCCGUGCUAGCUUAGCUCUCGGCUCUCGCCAUGGACGCUGCGGAGAGGAGGCUGGCUCGCGUCGCUGCCCACCUCGUUCCGUCCUUCCCGGUCCCACACGCCACCGGGCCUCCCCUCGCGCCUUCUCCCGCGGCAGCGUCCUCGUCGUCGUCCUCGCCGGCGGGGGACAGCUACAGGCGCGUGCACGGCGACGUGCCGUCGGAGCCACCGGAGUGGCGCACCGCCACAGACGAGUCAGGGAAGGAGUUCGUCGACAUCAUCUACGAGAAGGCCGUCGGAGAGGGCAUCGCCAAGAUCACCAUUAACCGGCCUGACAGAAGGAACGCCUUCCGUCCGCUGACCGUGAAGGAACUAAUGCGCGCGUUCAACGAUGCCAGAGAUGAUAGUUCGAUUGGAGUCAUCAUUCUUACAGGGAAGGGAACCAAGGCGUUCUGCAGCGGCGGUGACCAGGCGUUAAGAGAUUCUGAUGGAUAUGUGGACUUCGAUAGCUUUGGCCGCCUCAAUGUCUUAGAUCUCCAGGUGCAGAUUCGCCGUCUUCCAAAGCCUGUCAUUGCUAUGGUUGCUGGUUAUGCUGUUGGUGGUGGACAUGUUUUGCACAUGGUGUGUGAUAUAACAAUUGCAGCAGAGAACGCGAUAUUUGGGCAGACAGGGCCCAAGGUUGGAAGCUUUGAUGCUGGUUAUGGAUCUUCGAUAAUGUCCCGGUUGGUUGGACCCAAGAGAGCCCGUGAAAUGUGGUUUCUGUCACGGUUCUACACAGCUGACGAAGCUGACAAAAUGGGACUCGUGAACACCGUAGUACCGCUUGCUGAACUGGAGCAGGAAACUGUCAAAUGGUGCCGUCAGAUCUUAAGAAACAGCCCCAUGGCUAUUCGCGUGCUGAAAUCUGCACUCAACGCGGCAGAUGAUGGCCAUGCAGGCCUUCAGGAGCUUGGCGGGAAUGCCACGCUAAUAUUCUACGGCACGGAGGAGGCAAAGGAAGGGAAGAACGCGUACAUGGAGAGACGACGCCCAGAUUUCUCCAAGUUCCCACGCAAACCUUGAGUUUCAGCUCUUUGCUGAACUGGCCAAUUAUUUUACUGAUCCCCCCACCCCACCCAACUUGGAUCAUUAUGCUUACUCUACAUUGAGGAGACGGACGAUAAUCAUUUUCACUCCAAUCAAUUUUCAUAUAUACACGAUAAAUGUAUUUUGCAUGAAAAUUCAGAUCAAUGAAAAGUAAAUCUUGAUGU